AUGCUAUCCUUCCUCCUCUUCACACUUGCCGUGCUAUGGGGUCAUAGCAUCGGCUUCACCAUUCCUCGGGCCGACCUCACCUCUGAUAGCCCUGUCCUCAACGAUGAAGCCCUCCACACCCCCACUCCAGCCGCCUUCAGCGAGUCUGAUCUCCUUCAGCUCAACGAACACCUCAUGUCCAUCGAAGGCCAGACUGGAGCCAUCAGAGUUCGGACCGGAUUCCAAUUCGAAGCCCACAUCACAGCUGCUUUGUCUCUCCACCGUGGCAUAGCAGGGGUUCAGGGUUGGGAGCUGGUAUGGGAUGACAACCUUGCUCGAAUCGCCCAAGAAGCAGCGGAUCAAUGCGACAUGAGUCAUCCAAACGAGAAUGCUGUCGUCGGAACAUCCUUUGUUGUUUCUCAUAUUGGCUACGGUGCCGCUUUUGAUCUGGAGAAGGAGACCAAGGCGGCACUCGAGACUUGGAGAAACGAAGGGUAUCGAAGCGAUGGUCCUAGGACCUACACCACAGACCGCCCGAGCAUCAUGACUCAAGGCGCGAAGACUGUGGGAUGCGCCUGGAGUCGACACUGUGCAGCUUACUUCUUCAAGUGUGCCAUCAGCACUAACGUGGCCCCAUCGAUGCUCAAGAAGAGCACUGGUGCAGUUCAAGAUCUUAGCUGGGCCUCGGAGAAUAUGCCUAAGUUGAUCAACCAGUUCCGGGCUGCCAGAGGCGUCAAGCCACCCCUGGCACGGGAGCCAGCACGUGAGUGGGAGGCGUACAACAGUGCUAACAAAUGCAAGCCCGACUUCGUGAAGGACGAAAUGCGAGACAUUGGCUUCAACGCCAGCACGACGGCUGAAGAAAAGCGUAGCCGAGAGUCCUGGGAAAUAUGGUCAAGAGAUGAGACCAACUUCGACUCAAAAGACGGCAUGUACGAUCUGCUCACCCUAGCUCGCGGAGAUUAUCGGUUCGUUGGGUGCGCUUGGAGUGACCGCUGUGCUAAGAUUGCGUGGUCAGAAGGCGAAUGGUUAGUCUGCCGAUUCUCAGUGAAGCAAUGA